AUGGCGGGGUUCGGGUGUGUGGUUCGUGAUGAUGAUCUGAUGUAUGGGUCCGUUGAUUAUCUAGAGUUACGGAGUCGUUUAGGCUGGGAUUUCAGGGCAAGUGGGGAGGCUGGGAGGAUUGGUUCUUUGGGUCUAAGGGGGCCGUCAGCUACUUACUUACUUGGUUUAGUAUCAGAGAUGUGUAUGUGUGUGUGUGUGGUUCCCGGUGUGUUGAUCAGUAGUAGUAGUCAGAUGCAUGAGUGCGGUGUACUCCGUAGGGCAGACAGGCAACCCGCGGCUAGUAAGCGGUAUACUGGCAUAGUACAGGGGGAGACAAUUCAUGAAUUGUAUCCGAGGUCAUUGGGCCGCCAGUUCAUGAAGCUUUUGGGGGCUGAGCCCAUGAUGGUCCGAUACUUGCUUCUUCGGGUUGGUGAGGUGGUGCUCCGCACCAUCACCGGUAUCGCUGCUAUAGUGCAAUUCUAUAUUGGGGAUCACUCCACUAGAACUCCCUCGGUUUCGGGCCAGUGCGAAAUUAGUACGGUUGCUAUUAUUGUGGCAAGUGUGGCUCUGUGGUUACUCAUUGUUGUGGCCGGGAGGGUACCGGUGCGCUGGUACCGCAUCGGAGACUUCCGCGCUGGCGGAAUGCGUAGGGGGCACCGAUAUGGCAUAAAGCAUCUGUCAUAG